UAAACACAUUAAUCAGUUGCAAUAUUUGACCUAUUGCUUACUCCCCAAGAAUCCUCCACACGUAAGGCAACACGAGUGAACAAUUUUGUAAUUAAACAAAGACGUGGUCCUGUUAUUCAAAUCAAAUUCCGUCACCUGUUGCAACACCACACCGCCUCUCGUGUAAAGUCGCUUUUUCUUCUUUUCCUAUGGCGGUUUCCGUUUCCCUUAAAAACAAAACACCACCUUCUCUCAACGUCUUUUAUUUCCAUCUUCUCUUUGUUUUGUAUCUAGAAAUUUCUAACUCUAGUGCUUCUUAGAUUUUUUGUUUUUAACUCGUACUUUUCUAUUUUCUGUAUAAACAAAACUUAAAUAAUGAACUCAUACAAUUUUUCUCUUAAUUAGGUUUUUCUUUUCUUCAUAUUACCAAAUUCUUUAUAAUUCUUCUAUUAUAUAAUCCUUUUUUUUUUCAAUUUUAAUCAUGGAACAACCAAUCUACAAUUUACCGAAACAUGAUUCCGCCGGCGAAGAUGAAUCAGCGAUUUCCGAUUGCGAGAGUGUCGCAUCUGGCGGCCACGAUUCCAGUAGACCUGUUCGGAAGACGACGGAGGGUGCGGAUAUAAACCUAAUCCGAAGCAGAUUCGUUUGUGGUUUAAGCGCGCAAGGGUUGAAACCCUAUGGAGUAGCGAUUUUCAGGAAUCCUUGUAAAACGGUAAUGGCACAAGCGAGGAUUCAAUCGUUUGAGAUCUUCGCACGUGCGGUUGCUAAAAUGCGCGGUGGGAAUGCUAAUGUGAAACAUGUUUGGUAUGGUGCUUCUAGUAGAGAAGAGAUUGUUGAUAUUAUUCAACACGGUUUUGGUUAUGUUCAUAGCAAUGGUCUGCGUCUUUCUCCGAAUGAUACUCCACUUGAAAGUGUGAAAAGAACUGUUGUUGACAAACAAGGAUUUAGGCACUUGUUGCUUUGUCGUGUGAUCAUGGGAAAAUUGGAGGCUGUGCCUGCAGGUUCUGAUCAACGCAGACCGAGUUCGGAAGAAUUUGAUUCUGGGGUGGAUAGUUUUUCAUCUCCCAAAGAGUUCAUUGUUUGGAGUAACAAGAUCAACACACAUGUCUUGCCUGAAUAUGUUUUGAGUUUCAAACUUGCUUCCGACAAAGGGCAUGAGAAGGUUGGAGUUGGAGGGCAACAUAUGAGACCGUCUUCGCCUUUUAUGCAAUUCCCGACUCUGAUUUCUGCGCUUUCAAAGAUAUUGCCUCCGUCUGAUAUUGUUUCCAUUGCCAAGUUUCACAAGGAGUAUCGGGAUAAGAAGAUUUCGCGACAUGAAAUGAUACAAAAAGUUAGAAAAGUUGCAGGUGACAAAUUGUUGUUUUCUGUUAUCAAAUCUUUCAGAGCGAAGAAAAUGCAUGCAAUCUUUAAGCAAGCCGGACCGCCAGCAACGUGGAUGGAAUGCUCGUCCAUACAAUAAAUACUAAAGAAAGUGAUAGAAUACUGGAGUUGACACAAACACUCGCACUAACCAAACUUACAUCGAGGUUGAAAACAAGCAUGAGAAACAAGGCGACAUUUGAUUUUUUUUUUGUUUGGGUGGUAUAUGCGUUUUGUUUUUAUGUUAAUUGUACUAUAGUAGAAGGAAUUGCGUUGUCUUUCUAGUUAGUUACAGCUACUGGUUGGAAUAAUGUAAUAGCAGAUAGGCUUUUACUAUGGGGGAUAUUUAGCAACUCCAAGUUGCAUUCUUAAAAAAAAAUUGUUUCAUUCGCUUUCUUUUA